GUUCCCACAAUCCUCUGCGCCCGGAGCCAUUUCCCUGUGAAACGCGGUGCAGUCGAACAUUAAGUUUAAUUCUCAUUUUCUAGUUUAUUUCUAAAUAUAAAUCAUUCCAGGAGAAGAUUUUACUGCUCAAGCGCGUGUGAAAACUCUACAUCGCCAACAUGCCGCGAAUUAUGAUUAAAGGAGGAGUGUGGCGGAACACUGAGGAUGAAAUUCUCAAAGCCGCUGUUAUGAAAUAUGGCAAGAAUCAAUGGUCUCGAAUCGCAUCCCUGCUGCACCGCAAAUCUGCCAAACAGUGUAAAGCCAGAUGGUAUGAAUGGUUGGACCCCAGUAUUAAGAAGACAGAAUGGUCACGUGAGGAAGAGGAGAAACUUCUUCACUUGGCCAAACUGAUGCCCACUCAAUGGAGAACAAUCGCUCCCAUUAUCGGCCGGACGGCCGCUCAGUGCCUAGAGCACUAUGAAUAUCUGCUAGAUAAAGCUGCUCAGAGAGAGAAUGAAGAUGAUGUGGGUGACGACCCUCGCAAAUUAAAACCCGGCGAGAUUGACCCGAACCCUGAGACCAAACCAGCUAGACCUGACCCAGUGGACAUGGAUGAAGAUGAGCUGGAGAUGCUGUCUGAAGCCAGGGCACGUUUGGCCAACACACAGGGCAAGAAGGCAAAGAGGAAGGCCAGAGAGAAACAGCUGGAGGAGGCUCGGCGUCUGGCAGCGCUACAAAAGCGCAGGGAGCUGCGAGCUGCAGGAAUCGACAUUCAGAAGAAACGCAAGAAAAAGAGAGGUGUGGACUACAACGCUGAGAUCCCCUUUCAGAAGAAACCAGCGCAGGGCUUCUACGAUACAUCCAUGGAGCUGUACGACCCUUUGGAGCCCGAUUUCAAGCGCUUGCGCCAGCAGCAUCUUGAAGGAGAACUGAGGAACGAGAAGGAGGACCGUGACCGUAAGAAGGACCGACAGAAGAUCAAGAAGAAGAAAGAAUCAGAUCUUCCUUCUGCCAUCCUGCAGACCAGCGGCGUGUCUGAGUUCACUAAGAAGAGAAGCAAACUUGUGUUGCCAGCACCGCAGAUCUCUGAUGCUGAACUGGAGGAGGUGGUCAAACUGGGUCAGGCCAGUGAAAUCGCACGUCAGACGGCUGAAGAGUCAGGAAUCACUAACUCGGCGUCCAGCGCUCUUCUGUCUGAAUACAAUGUCACCAAUAACUCAAUGGCCCUGCGCACACCCAAAACUCCGGCUGCACAGGACAAAAUCCUGCAGGAAGCUCAGAAUCUCAUGGCACUUACGAAUGUGGACACUCCUCUUAAAGGAGGUCUGAACACACCCCUCCAUGAAAGCGACUUCUCAGGGGUCACCCCGCAGAGACAGGUGGUUCAGACGCCCAACACUGUACUGUCUACACCCUUCAGAACCCCUGCUCACGGAUCGGAGGGCAUGACACCUCAAGGUGGAAUGACACCCAAACCCUCGAUUGGUGUUACCCCCGGCAGGACCCCUCUGCGUGACAAACUCAACAUCAACACUGAGGAGGGUGGUGUGGACUACAGUGACCCAUCAUAUGCUAAACACUUACAAAGGGAGUCCCGUGAGCAGCUCAAGUUGGGUCUGAUGUCUCUGCCGGUGCCCAAGAAUGAUUUUGAGAUCGUUCUUCCUGAAAACGCAGAGAAAGAGCUGGAGGAGGCCGAGGUGGACGAAAGCUUCGUGGAGGACGCGGCCGAGAUCGAACUACGCAAGCAGGUGGCCAGAGAUGCAGAGAGAGAGAAGGAACUCCGUCAGAGACACACGCCGGUUCAGAGAGAUUUACCAAGACCCUCGGCGGUGAACGAGACGAUACUCAGGCCUCAGAACGUGGAACCUCCUCUGACGGACCUUCAGCAGGCCGAGGAACUCAUUAAGAAGGAGAUGAUCACCAUGAUCCACUUUGACUGCCUGCAUCAUCCAUUCAGUGAAUAUCAAGCUAAGAAGGCCAAAGGUCUUGGAUCAAGCUCGAACAACACCGAACAUGUGGCAUACCUGGAGCAGAAUCCAUACAAUAAGAUCUCAGAGGAGGAGCUGCUAAAGGCCCGAGAGAUGCUGGUCCAGGAGAUGGAUGUAGUAAAACACGGCAUGGGUCAUGGAGAUCUGUCUAUGGAGGCGUAUAAUCAGGUGUGGGAGGAGUGUUACAGUCAGGUCCUGUAUCUGCCCGGACAGAGUCGAUACACGCGUGCUAAUCUCGCCAGCAAGAAGGACAGGAUUGAGUCCCUGGAGAAGAAACUGGAGAUCAACAGAGGUCACAUGACCACAGAGGCCAAGCGUGCAGCUAAGAUGGAGAAGAAGAUGAAGAUUCUUCUGGGUGGGUACCAGUCUCGGUCCAUGGGUCUCCUCAAACAGCUGAGUGAACUUUGGGAUCAGGUUGAACAGGCCAAUACGGAGCUCCACACCUUCCAGGAGCUGAAGAAACAAGAGGAUCAGGCCAUUCCUCGCAGACAUGAGGCUCUGAGAGAAGACGUACAGAGACAACAGGACCGAGAGAAAGAGCUCCAGCAGAGAUUUGCAGAUCUGCUUCUGGAAAAACAAACACUUGGACAAAAGUUGUAAAUGGGACAUUCAUUCUGAACAUCUCUGCAUUUCUUCUCCUGAAUGUACGUAGUUGUCUGUGUGCUGUAUUAUCUCUAGACAAAAGAACAGCAUGUGCAUGUGUGGUGUACAACUUUACGGUCAGUCUGCGUUAACGCUUCAAGCUCAGCAAAUAUUUUACUUUUAGUGGAUGGACCACAGGGAUGUUAAAUUGGCAAAAUAUUUUGCUUUUUUGUUUUUAAAAUUAAUUGUAUUUCAAUUUUGUGGGUAAACCACCUCAGUGUAAAUAUUCUCUUGCAUAUUUUUUCAUGUCAAAUUUCAGAUUUCAAGUGGAAUAAUUGUCUGCAUUGAUCUAUACAUCAUUCACAAAAUAAAUCAUCGAUUAUGAGUUGAA